AUAAAUCAGUUUCUAUCGCUGGAGAUGUCAAUAUUAUAUCACCAAAAUUACAACAACCACCAGUAAUAUUUUACAACACCACAAACGUACAUUUGAUUAAAAGUUAUUCAGGAAGAUUAGACUUUAAUGUAGUAAACCCAAGUGGAAAUGUCAACUGUUUUGACGUUUUUUCGUUCAGAGAUCAAAAUGUAAUUGACAGACCAAACCAGGGCUUUAAAACAACAAUGUUUCCAUACGACUUUUCAACUGGAACAGUUGACCUCAUAUCCAACAAACGAUUGAUGAGAUUCUGUCCAAAAAAUGUUAUAUUUGACAGAAAGACCGUUUGCACAAUGAAAGGUGAAACAUAUCAAUCGUUUUAUAACAAAAAUUACAGUUUUAAUGAAUACCCGUUUGAAUACCUGCACUGUCCUUGUGAAGAUAAAGGAUCAACAGAUUGUAUUAUCAAUUUUAAAAAUAUAUUUACAUUUGAUUUCAAACAUUUCAACUUGGCAUCCACGACACUAAUAAUUGACAAAAAUACAAACGUGAACAAUUUGGGAACAAUCGAAAAAAUAAUAAUGAGCGACAACUAUGUUUUAAAAAUCAGCAAUUUUUUGUUCAACAUAAAAACAGUUUUCUCUUUUGGAAUUGUAGAGGUUUUGAGAGACGAGUCUCCAAGUGAAUUUUCUGUUGAAUUUAAUACAACAACUCAUGUUAUAAAAUGUAUAAACACAACAACUUUAAAUAUUGAAAUAUACAACAACAUAACACAAAUUAAAAUUGAUACUGUUGGGGUUAUAGAAUUUGUAGCUAAACCAUCAGUAAUUUCUUUUGAUAAUGAACAAACAACACAAUCACUUGUAAAUGAUUGUGUUCUGAUUAAAUUAACCGAAAGACGGCCGAUAUGUUUAAAGUGCAAUUCAAAAACUAAACUAUUCAAUGGGGUUUGUGUAUUUCCAGACCAAAACUGUGAUGAAUACAAUAAAAAUGAUGUUUGUGUGGGAUGCAAAGAGGGGUAUCUUCUAAAUAUGUCUUACCAAUGUAUAAUUUUUGAAAAUGAAUGUAUACGAGGAACAACCUUGAAUUGUUUGAAAUGUAAAGAUGAUUAUUUUAAUAUCGAAGGAAAUUGUUACAAAAAUGAAACUUGUUUAUUCACACAUCGAAACUUUUGUUUGAAAUGCAAAAAUGGAAAUCAAGGAAGUGCGUGUCAAUCAUGUCACAAUAACAAUUGUGCAUUUUGUGAAUAUGAUAAAUGUACUAUUUGUCAAGACAAUUUUUAUAUAGAUGAUAGUGAAAAUUGUCAAAAUAACGAUAUAAUAUUAUCAAAUGGAAUAAACCCUAU